ACAAAAUUUUCCCAGGUCCACAUUUCAGUUAAUUAGUACAAUUUGGAAUUAUCAAAAUCUCCUCCCUUUUUUUUUCUCUCUCCUCAAAACCCUAAUUUCAUCUGAUUCAGCUUCAGCCUUGUGAUACCUAUCCCAUUUCUCCUCACCUCACCAUUAUCGUUCAUCCGUAAAUUCCUCGAUCUGCCGUAUCUAAUUUCCAACCUCAACGACGAUUUCUCACUACCCUUGUUCAAGCUCCAAGAGUUUGAAGAAGCAUACUAGUUUGGCCUGCUUAAUGCUUAUGCAAUGGUUGGCUGGGCUCCGCGAUGUUAUAUUCGACAAUGCUUCUUGAGUUCUGGACUUGGAAGAGCUUUUUAGGAUAUGUUUACGAUUGAAGGAAUUUUCUGCAGUGGAGAAAUGUCUCCAGCAUCAAAAUCUAAAUCGAAAGACAAGAAAGCCAGCAAAGAAGUACAGAAGCCUACACUGCCUAUACCGAAGCCAAUGGGGGCUGCUGCUGCUGCAGGUAGUAGCAAUGUUCCAGCUAGUGCGUAUAAUCCUCUUUCAGGAACAUUCCAUGCACUUGAAUCAACAGUAUCUGUUUCUUCACCUCUUCAUUCAAAUGGUCGAUUCAAGAAUAUAGACGACACGGAUGCUCAAUCUGGGGUUCUACUUUCUUCAGUGGCAGAGUGUGAUACCAUUUCUAAUAAUGGUAGCUGGUCUGGUGAGUCAGAAGACCAUAAAGACCGAAAGUCUAACCCCACUGUCCGGCAAGAAACAAUCCCAGGGGCAGACAUUGACAAACGAGAAAAAAUCCGUCAAAAGAAUGAGAAGAAGCAUCAGCGUCAGAAAGAGAGACGUGCUCAGGAAUUGCAUGAACGGUGUAGUGGCUACCUUAUGUCCAGAAAGCUUGAAGCUCUUGCUCAGCAAUUAGUAGCAAUGGGCUUCUCACAAGAUCGAGCGACUGUAGCUCUCAUGCUAAACGAAGGAAAAAUAGAGGAUUCAGUUUCUUGGCUUUUCGAAGGUGGCGAAGAAACAAAUGAUUCAGCUGAUCAAAAUCUUGGCGGGCAAAAUUUAAAACUAGACAUAUCAGAAGAACUUGCUCGUAUAGCAGAUUUGGAAGCACAGUAUAAAUGUACAAAACAAGAAGUUGAGAGAGCUGUUGUCGCUUCUGAAGGUGAUCUCGAGAAGGCAGCCGAAUCCUUGAGAGAAUUGAAGCUCGAUCCACCUGCUGCACCUCCAAAGCCGGAAGAAACUGGUGAUCCUCCAACGACUUUAAGCAGUAAGUUUCCUGGUAAUAAUACUAAUCAAGCUUCAUUAAGAACACAAGCUAACCCGAAUCCACCUUCAAUACAACAAAGAAAAGAAGAAAAAGAUUUUAAUUACACAAAAGGAGCAAUCACAGCCGGUAUGUCUAUAGAGUCUCUUGGCAAGAAUAUACCGCAGCCUCUAAGGAGAAAUCCGCAAAAGAUGGAAUGGGGAAGUUAUGAACAAAUCACAACAGCUGAGAAAAGGUGGCCAAGUACAGGAACAAGCCCCAUUUCCUUCUCUUUAGCAUCAGCACAGUCACAGUUAUCAUCUCCACCGAUCAAGAACGAAGCUCGUUAUUUAACGAUGGGAGCCGAGUUUAAUAGUCUUCAAUCUGGUUCAGUGAGAGAACCAAAUUCAGUAGUACAGAGUCGGAACCUAUCGGUGCAUGCUAAACCAUCUUCUGUUAGUACUAUAAGUUCUUCGCCUCCUGCUAGUUGGUAUUCUAGUAAUGGCCUUGGAACCAUGCCAUCGUCUACUGGGUUUUUGCCGCAGAUCCGUGGCUCGAGAAGUUUCAAGCCUAGUGAGAUGACAUUGAAUCAGAUGUAUCCUCAAGUUCAAUAUCAGCAGCAGCAACAACAUUUUGUCUCUGGUAACAGCCGAGGGGACUUCCUUGAUGCCAACCACACCAAUGCUUCAUGGAGCAGAACAGGUGGAUCGUCGUCCAUAGCGCCAGCCUCCUCGCUCGGCCUAUUUUCAGGGGCAAGUUCAACCCAGUCAGGGUCAUCAUCACCUGUAGAUUGGAACACGGGUAGUUCGAUGCCGCAUUUAAACUACUCCGACAUAGACUGGUCUGUGGAUAAAGGUCUAACCUCAGUUCGACCUGGUGGGUUGUUGCAGGGGUUAAAUUCGUAUAUGCAGAAGAACCCCCACCUUUACGAAUCGAAUACUUCCCGUUUGGUGGACGCUCAGCCAUUUGUUCCAUCAAUGCCGUCUAAUAUCAAUAGAGUUCCAAUGGGUGGAUCGCAAAAUGGAGGCGUUAUGGGUACUGAAACAUCAGCUAAUGGUUCUAGAGAAUGGACUUCUCCCUUUGAAGGGAAGGAUAUUUUCAGUUAUCCUAGACAGUUUGUUUUCUCUCCUCCAUAAGAGGAGACGAAAAUUUGUGACAAUAAAUGAAAAUUAAAAGAAGAAAGAAAGAAAAGUGAGUUUGAAUGAUUGUUUUUUCCUUUUUUUUUUAUUUCUUGCUGGCUUAUACUGUUCUUUUAAGAUUCAUGUCAAAUGCUUUUUUUUGUCGAUUUAAA